AUCCCUGUCUUCUGACUCGCUGUCGUUAAAAUGAUUAAAACAUUUUUAUUAAAUCUCUAAUAUUACCUUUUAUUAAUAUUAUUUCUUUACAGAAAUCGUGAAUUAUCAAUUUGUGAGAUCUAAACAUAGCCCCGCUGAAAACUUCAUCUGCUUGCAUUUGAAUAAUCGUCUAUUUUGUAACAUUUAAGUAGGCUGUUGUUCAAGUUUGCCUUCAGGUUAUUAUGUUACUCAACAAAACCAGGUUGGUUGGAUUUACGAAUCAUUCUCGCAAGAGCAAUAUGGAGAACAAUUCCACGUCGGACAUUGUUAUUUUAAGCGGCAAUUCGCAUCCUGAAUUAGCCGACCUGAUCGCUGACCGCCUUGGCGUACGUAAAGGAGGAUGUUCAGUAUAUCAUAAAACUAACAGAGAAACUAUGGUUGAAAUUGCGGAUUCGAUUAGAGGCAAAAAUAUUUACAUUGUUCAAACUGGCACAAAGGAUGUAAACAACAACAUAAUGGAACUAUUAAUUAUGGCUUAUGCAUGCAAAACAUCAUCAGCACGAUCCAUUGUUGGGGUUAUUCCAUACUUACCAUACAGCAAACAAUGCAAAAUGAGGAAACGCGGGUGCAUCGUCACAAAGCUUUUGGCACAAAUGAUGUGCAAAUCUGGGCUAACUCACAUCAUCACUAUGGACCUCCAUCAAAAAGAAAUACAGGGAUUUUAUGAUUGUCCAGUUGACAACUUGAGGGCUUCACCAUUUUUACUGCAGUACAUACAAGAAAGUAUACCUGAUUACCGUAACUCAGUGAUAGUGGCUCGUAACCCGGGUUCCGCUAAGAAGGCCACGUCAUAUGCUGAGAGAUUACGUCUUGGGAUUGCUGUAAUACAUGGAGAGCAGAAGGAAGCAGAAAGUGAUGAAGUUGAUGGACGCUACUCACCACCUUGCAUUCCAAGUGUUGACAGGUCCCGUACAAUGGAUGUGUCAGUAGGUGUACCGGUACAUCCCGCUAAGGAGAAGCCACCUAUCAAUGUUGUUGGAGAUGUGGGAGGAAGGAUUGCCAUUAUGGUGGAUGAUAUGAUUGAUGAUGUUCAGUCAUUUGUUGCUGCAGCAGAAGUAUUGAAGGAAUGUGGUGCUUAUAAAAUUUAUGUGCUGGCAACACACGGCCUUCUGUCGUCUGAUGCUCCACGUCUUAUUGAAGAUUCACCGAUAGAUGAAGUUGUGGUCACCAAUACUGUCCCACAUGAGCUUCAGAAAAUGCAAUGCAAUAAAAUAAAAACUAUAGAUAUUUCAGUACUCCUCAGUGAAGCUAUCAGACGCAUUCAUAACAAAGAAUCUAUGUCCUAUCUGUUCAAAAAUGUCACACUUGAAGAUUAAUUUCGAUUUUAGGCUUAAUUUUUAAAGUUAUUAAGUUAAUCCAUUUUAUUGUGUGCAAAUUGUAAUAUACGAAAGUUGGUAUUUUUGAAAGAAUGUUUUUAUAAGAAAAGAAAAAAAUCGAUUCCAAUAUUUAGUUUCUGACUCAAAAGAAAACUUAAUUCUUGUGCAUGUUAGUUCUUAUUUAUAAGUUUUGUAGAAGCACUACCAUAGUUAAAUAUAAGAUUUGACAUUAAUGUUUUUUAAGACAUAUUCAGUUUACCUUAGUUAUUUUAAAUUCUAACCCUCACAUAGAUCUUAUUGUACGUUAAUGAUUUCCCUGGUUGCUUGUUUAAAAUUCAUAAAUAUCUAGAUAUAAUUGCAAAUUCACAUUGUUACUAUAAUGUAAAAGUGUUUAAUGAUAGUUAUGAAUAUUUUCCAAAGCUUUUGUGAAUAACGAGUGUAUAAUAUGCUUAAAUUAAAGGGACUAUUUUAUAGAUAGAUGAAUAAAACUCUAGAACUUGA